GCGGGCGGCGAUGGCUCUUUGCACAGAAGCGGCCGCGGCGGCGGUGGAGAGCGGCAUGGCCCAGGCGCAGCGGGUCUUCACGCUGCCCAGGCAGCACUCCUUCUCCCCACCCCAGGUGCUCAACCCCUUCGUGCAAGAGAAGCGCCUGGAUGCCAAGGACAAGUACCGGGCUGUCCUGUUGGGACUUCUUCUGCUCCCGCUUCGGGGGUUGGGGAUGCUGCUGGUUUUACUCAUGGCUUGGCCCUUUGCCUUCCUGGCAACUUGCAGCUGCCGUAAAGGAGGUGUGCCUCUUGUCGGGUGGAAAAGGUCCGUCUCAAACACCAGCCUCAGGUUCUUGGGCCGUGCCUUGUUCUUUGCCAUGGGCUUCCGUGUGAAAGUGAGAGGCAAACCAGCCAGCCGCGCGGAGGCGGCCAUCUUCGCCGUAGCCCCUCACUCCACCUUCUUUGAUGGGAUUGCCUGCGUCCUCGCCGGGUUGCCCUCCAUCGUGUCGAGGACAGAGAACCUCAAGGCACCUAUCCUCGGCAGAAUUCUUCAAGCACUUCAGCCCAUACUGGUAUCCCGCCUGGACCCUGAUUCUCGGAGCAACACAAUCAAUGAAAUAAGCAGGCGCACAACUUCCGAGGAAGAGUGGCCGCAGAUAUUAGUUUUCCCAGAAGGCACUUGCACAAACCGUUCAUGCCUGAUCACUUUUAAGCAAGGCGCCUUCAUCCCAGGAGUUCCAGUUCAGCCGGUGGUGAUCCGAUACCCAAACAAGCAGGAUACCGUGACGUGGACAUGGCAAGGCAACACCUUCCUGGAGGCCUUAGUUCUGACGCUGUGCCAACUUUACACCAAUGUUGAAGUGGAGUUUCUCCCUGUCUAUAUUCCAACCUGGGAAGAGAAGAAUUCCCCAGUUCUUUUUGCCAACAGAGUGCGCUGCAAAAUGGCGUGCGCUUUGGAUGUGCCCGUUACAGACCACACGUACGAAGAUUGUCGUCUGAUGAUCUCAGCAGGGCAGCUGACCUUGCCGAUGGAAGCCGGUUUGGUGGAGUUCACCAAGAUCAGCAAGAAACUGAACCUCAAGUGGGGCAGUAUCCGAGAUCAGCUGGAUCAGUUUGCGGAGAUCGCGAGCGCCUCGAAAGGGGGCAGGAUCCGAAUCGACGAGUUUGCCCGACACUUGAAACUGCCGGUCUCCGAUGUCCUCGAAGAACUCUUUGCACUCUUUGACAGGAAUGGAGAUGGUACCAUAGACUUCAGGGAAUAUGUGAUCGGUUUGUCCGUUUUAUGCAAUCCUGCCAACACAGAAGAAACCAUUCAGAUGGCGUUUAAGCUCUUUGAUCUUGACGAUGACGGUGUCAUAACAGAAAACGAAUUUGCCGCUGUCGUCCGGUCAUCCCUCGGACUUCCCGACCUUGAUGUCUCUAAACUCUUUGAGGAAAUAGAUGCUGACAAGACCAACAAGCUCUCUUACGAAGAGUUCAAAGAAUUUGCCCUAAAGCACCCCGAAUACGCCAAGCUGUUUACCACCUACCUUGAGCUACAACGAUGCCAAGUACAUCUGCAGUCAGAAGUUGAUGAUUACAGCCCCCCUCCAAAAACUCCAGUCUCCAAAAAGAACUCCGGCCCAAAGAAUAAAAUCUAUCCUCAGAGCAGUGAAGAUGACAAUUCGGGUGCCUCAGACAAAAAAGAUGACUGAACCGCAGCGACUUUCCCCGCCAAAAAAAAUGUAAUCUUCUCAAGGAUUUUGUUCUUUAAAACAACCAA